UAGUAGCCAGGAAAAUUCUGUCAAACACAAACUUUCCUAAUUUUUCGUUUGAAUUGUUUUGUACUUAAAAGUCAAAAUACCUGGACGGAGACCCCCCAACUACAUCACGUUGAUUUGCUAAUUCUGUUCGAGCAGCGCUGAGUGGAAAAAGAAAAACAGUCUAAGCUACCUGAACUCGACAGCUUCUUACCAAAAUACCAAUUAAUGUUCCUUGAUUGACAUUUUCUGUUAACUAACAACUGCCAUUCAGUAUCUGACCAAACGUACCUCGUCGAGCAAUGCGGAUUCCGAAGAUUGACUACAUUUGUGUAAAGUUCAUGGACUUUUUCGGCCUACUGAUGGAUCUGGCUGAGGACUCGUCGUUAAUUAUGAUGCUGGUUAGCUGCACAAUGGCCGUGGCUUUUAUUCUGAAUAUUCGAGCGGGAAGCACUAUCUUUCAGAAUGUGGCCAAAGCGGUGGAAAACAUGAGACUUAAGUCGAUGCUAGAUCGCCAGCCCUCACCUAUUAACAUUGCGAACGAGGUUAUCAAGAGGCAGCUGAAGUUGCCAUUGAGUUGGACAAACUAUGAGGAUCUUCCGAUGGCGGUGGUUCUCGAAAACAAUGGAAGUACGGCGAUCCUGCGGACUUACACUGCUCCCAACAUGUUGCCCCACCUAAGUGGAGCCAAUUUGGGCGGUAGUUACCACUUUGUGGAGGCAAUAUUUAAGUGGGGCAUCUUGCGGUCCGAGCAUUCCAUAGGGCAGGAGAGAUUCAGCCUGGAGAUGCAGGCACUGCAUCGAUGUCCCCAGAAAAAGGGAACCAGUGAAUAUUUGACAAUAUCAUACCUAUUCGUGCUGACUCCCUUUAAAAACGAACCACUCACGCAGAUCGUCGAUCACCUCAAAUGGAUCCUGCGGCCAGGAUCUUCGAUUGAACUGCCGCCUUUCGACUUGGGCUCACUGCUUCGACCUUUCGCCGGAGGUCACUACACUUACCAUGGUACCUACGACAACGGAGAGGUGGUGUUGCCCACCAUCUGGCUGAUCGACUCCCAGAUCACUGGGGUCAACUCCCACCAGCUGGCCCAGUUUGAGGUCCUGCGGCGAAAGGAUGGCAGCCGGAUCUGGAGCAAUGUACGAGAGCCACAGCCGCUGGGCAGCCGCACUGUGCUCUUCCAUUACUGAGAAUUAUUAUUAUUACCAAAACAGGGAAUUUUUUGCCAUAAAUCCACAAAUAAUUCCAAUAUAUAAUUAAACCAAUAUUGCACGAUAUUUUAAAUGCAUAAUUGCCGCUUGUAUAUCAAGCAAACUAUUUGGAAAAAAGGUCAUAUAAAUUUAGGAUAUACUUUAUAAAUCGCUUAAAUAUCUGCAAAAUUUAUCGAAAAAAAGUAACCACAUCAAUU